CUAUCCGUAGCUGCUAGAAGGACAGGGAAAAAUGGCUGAUGCCAUAGCUGAUACGAGAAGGCUCUUCACCAAGCCUCAAAACUUAAAUGACGCGUAUGGACCCCCCAGUAAUUUUCUAGAGAUUGAUGUGAGCAACCCUGAGACCGUCGGGGUUGGCAGAGGCAGAUAUACCACGUAUGAAGUCAGACUGAAGACCAACCUGCCCAUCUUCAAGCUGAAGGAGUCUUGUGUACGGAGGCGAUACAGUGACUUUGAGUGGCUUAGAGCGGAGCUGGAGAGAGAAAGCAAGGUGGUUGUUCCGCCUCUCCCUGGAAAAGCUCUUUUCCGACAGCUUCCAUUUAGAGGGGACGAUGGCAUAUUUGAUGACUCUUUCAUCGAGGAGCGGAGGCAGGGUCUGGAGCAGUUUCUCAACAAAGUCGCCGGCCAUCCUUUAGCACAGAAUGAACGCUGCCUGCACAUGUUUCUACAGGAGGAGUCUGUGGACAAGAACUACACCCCAUCCAAAGUCAGACAAGCCUGAAAAGAAAGGAUGGCUCUGCUUGGCCAGGUCGGGCUUGGCCAUGCUCAGUCUUGUCUUGCUUGACCCAAAAACCCAAAGCUAUCUUCACACCUCCAGGUUUCUCUCAAACAAUAAAACUUUUCAGUGACAAUUUCUCCCUCUUCACACACUCUGAAAUUAUAUAUGUUGCUGCCCCUUUUAGUUAAAUUAGUUACUCUGAUUGAUGUUUUUCAUCUUCUAAUUAGUCAAGAAUGUUCUUCACACAGCUGUGGUUGAAAGUAAUUUAUCAUUAUUUCUCUUUAUGUCUGGAAAUGCCACUAACAUGGAUAUAUUAAGUAUUUAUCAUUUAGCUAUGCCCUGAAUAUAUUCAUUUAUAUAGUAAUAUUGAAUGAGCCUUUUAUGUCUGCGAAGCUCUUGUAAAUGACCCACAGUGUUCUCAUCCAGCACAGGCAUGUUGCUUACCAUAACUAGCAACUAAGCACACACAUUUGAUGGGCCUUCACUUUAAAUCCACACUUUGUUAUUGUCUUAAAAAGCAUGUGUGAGUAUCUCAACCAGCACCUGCCCAGUUAUCACAAUGUUUUCUAUAGCAAGCAAUUUACACAGAGGAAACUGCAGUAUUUCUACUGGCUAUAUGCAUUUUGAGAUUUGUAUACUGCUGUGCCAUUUUUGUUUAUUUUGAAGAUUUUCCAAUAAAACAAGUAAAAUGUC